AUGGCUACCGCUGAAGAACAACAUGUUUUAGUUGAGCUCGAGAAUAUGAUCAUUUCGCCGGUGGUGAAGGAAGAAAAUGGUGGAGAUUCGAGGAAGAAAAAUAGUACGAUGAUUCGGAGAACGCAUGGAAUUAGGUGAAUCAGGGAGAAUUAUUUCGGAAAUGGAAUAUUCCGAAUAGUUGGGAUACAUUUCUUGAAGUUAUUUGAUCAGGGGCCGAAUUUAUAAAAGUUGUACAGAAAAUUUGGUAUACCAAAAAUUUUGUUUACAAGAAUAUGAUCAGAAAUAUGAUCAUGUUAGCAAUUUUUGGUACGCCCCAAAUUUUCCUUCAUCAAUUUUUGGUGUACCAACUUUAUGAAUUCAGCUUCUGGAGAUUAUGGAAUUUUUUGAACUAGUUAUGUAGAGAAAUUAGGCGAAAAUCGUGAUCUACAGUAGGAGGAAUGAAACGAGGCUAAAAACUGUGAUUUUUGGCGGUAAAAAGGGUAGGCUUACUGUAGAGAAUAGGGCUAAAAUUCAUUAUCUACCACAGCAAAAACACAAAGAUUCGAACUCAACAAAAUGAAAACUCCGAUGUAUUUUUGAAUCAUAACCUAAUUUUUUGUCAAAAUGCAGAAGUUCAAAGUCAUCUUCAAAAGAAACCUUAUACUUAGUAACACUUUAGAGCUUAGAGUAACUGAAAAAAUCCUAUAAACCCAAAGCUUUGGUAAUUUAAUUUGACGAAAAAAAGGGAAAUUGAAAAAAAAAUGAGAAAGUGUCGUCGAAUAAAAUGCCAAGUACGCAAGUGACAGUGUUCACACACAAACGAAUAGAGGGAGUUUGAAAUUUAGUUUUUCAGCGCAACAUCUGGACUAAUAAAUUUUAUAUGUGGAAUGAUUGGCCCAGGUUGUUUUUCUUUAGCUGUUAGCUUCAAACAAGCUGGAUUAUGGGCUGGUUUUGCACUUGUAUUUAUUAUUGGAUUCUUGAGUUUAUAUUCAAUGCAUAAAAUUGUAUGUUGCUCUCAAUAUCUUGCAAAAAUGUAAGAAAUUCACAGAAUUUUGAGUAAAACCACACAUUUUUUCAAGAAAUGGAGAUCAAAGUUUGGACUAUGGUGAUAUGGCCGAAGCAGCUUUAUCAAAUAGUUAUAAAUGGGUUCAAAAACAUGCGAAACUUGCAAAAAUCAUAGUUAAUACUUGUCUUUUGGCGUUUCAAAUCGGAGUGAUUACUGUAUUUAUGGUUUUUGCCACCGAACAUGUUAUUGAAGUCUAUGAAUAUAUAGCGGAUGCUCCAAUUCCUAUAUCUAAAUCUUGGAUGAUUGUUAUUUAUUUUAUUCCUCAACUUGCAUUAAAUUUUAUUGGACACAUGAAAUUGAUAACUAUUCUGUGUCUUUUUGGAAAUGUUAUUAUUUUUGCGGCAAUCAUUUUGAUCACAAAAGUGAGUCAAUUUAUUUAAUUUUUUAUUCUUCUUCUAUCGAUAUUGUUUAUUAUUAGGAACUCGUGGCUGAACCAUGGUAUCCGGUAACAUCUUUGAACACAGUAACUGGAAUCGAAGGAAUAUCAUUAGCAGCUGGUGCAUUGAUCUAUUCAUUUGAAGGCCAAGCAAUGGUUCUUCCUUUGGAGAAUUCGCUAAAACAUCCGGUUGAUAUGAAUGGUUUUACUGGGGUUUUGUCGACUUCUAUGAAUUUGGUCACAAUUUUAUAUGCAUUUUUGGGAUUUUUUGGUUAUAUUAAAUUUGGACCAAGUGUUCAAGGAAGUUUGACUUUGAAUUUACCGAAUUCUUUGUGAGUUUUAUAAUGGGGAGAUUCAGAUCAGGCCUGUGCCAGAAAUUUUUUUUCCGGAAAAUGUGCUCGGAAAAUCCGGAAAAUGAUCUUUAGUAGUAAUAUUUUCGAAAUUGCCUAAAUUUUGGGAAAUUUUCUCAGUUUAUGAGUGAAAAAAUGAAGUUUUUGGAAUUUUUUUUUAAUUUUUCAAAUUUUACUAUUUUUGAACGGAAAACGUCUCAAAUAGUUACUAAAUCACCUGUGAAUAGAAAAAUUGUAGAUAAAAAUAAGUUUUAGUGCCAACUUAAGGCUGAAAAUCGAAAUUUUCCGAAUUUUCUGGUUCAAAAAAUCCGGAAAUUUUCCAACUUUCCGUUUUCCGACACAGGCCUGAUUCAGAUCGAAAAAAAACUUUUGAAAAACGUUUUUUAGCAACAAUUUUCGAUUCAGAAAAAUCAAAAAACUAUAUUUUUUCUACUUUUUUUCAUUGAAACAUUUUCGGAGCGAGAAAUUUUUCAUUUUUGUGUGAAAAACAGGGUUUGAAAUUUUCUGAAUCGAAAAUUUUUGUUAAAAAUGUUUUUUUUUCGACCUGAAUCCUGAACAACACAUAGAAAAAUAAUUGGAAAACUUUUUUUUUUAGAUUAUCUGUGAGCAUCAAAGCGUUGUUGGUGCUCAAAAUAUUUUUCGGAUGUGCGAUUCAAUUAUUCGUGAUUGUUCAAAUGCUUUUACCAACAGUUCGUUCGAGAAUUUCAGACGAAAGGAAAACUCUACAAAAAUGUGUUCCAUAUUUUCUGAGAGCUUCUCUUAUGUUGGUCGCUCGUAAGUUGAAUUUGAAUUGAAAAUGUUUCAAACUUCAAAUAAUUUUCAGUUGCAUUGGCAUUGAUUGUUCCGAAUCUAAUGCAAAUUAUACCUUUGGUUGGAAUAACAUCGGGACUUCUAAUUUCCCUAAUAAUUCCUUCUUUUCUUGAUUGUAUGGUAUUUUUACCGGUUUUCAAGAAAGAGGGAGAUAUGUUCAAGUUUUAUACAAAACUCAUCAGUAACUCGAUUCUUUUUGUUCUUGGAUGGAUGUUUUUGGCAUCUGGUUUGUAUUCAAGUAUAGAUGAUAUAAUUUAUAACAAUGUCUAG